AUGACUUUUAUUGAAUCAACGGAAGGAGAAUUGGAAGUUUGUCAACCAGAACAAGUCAAUUGUCAACAUUUUAAUGAAGAAAAUUGUCAUGAUUUUGAUAAUGUUGUCAUCCAAAAGAAGGUUUGGGUUAAGAAACAACCCUAUUUGAAGAGAAAGUCAAUUCGUGUUGAUUUGGCAUUGAAAGCUUCCGAAAAGAAAAGAGAAAAAAAGAUUUUCAAGAAUGAAAUUAAUGAAAAUGUUGAAAAAGUUCCUCAAAUUCAAGAACCAACAGUUACAAAAUGUGAAAGCUCUGAAAUGAAGCAAAUGGAGUUUAUUCAAGCUUUAUUAAGGGAGAAGAAACAAUUAGAAAGUGAACUAAUGAUGAUGAAAGGAAGAGUUGCUCAAUUGGAAGAAAUGUACUAUGAAUCAAGAAACUUUUACAAGGAGCAAUUGAAGAAGGCCUAUUCUAAAGGAGAAGAACAAGUAACCUGCAAGAAAUCUCACUCAACUGAGUGCAUUCCAAAGAAAAUCUUCCUAAAGAAGAGUGUAAACAAGAAGAAAACUGCCGAUUGUUUGGAAGAAUGUCCAAAAUGCCACAAACACUUUAAAAACAAGUAUAUGAAAUAUCAUGAUAGAGUUUGUGGAAACAUCAAGUUAAAGUACAUUCUUUCCGAGAGAGAUUUACUUCAAUUGGAAACUGCCAAGCUCAAUAUGCAAUCAGAGAAUCUCAAAUACGAAUUUGAUUGGAGAAAGAGAAGAGUUGAGUUUAAGAAACAGGUUGAACAAGCUAAAUUGAGAAAGAACUUUAUGAUUCUUUAUAAGAGAAAGUAA